UGUCAGCAGGGAAGUGGUUUAUUCGAGCACAUUGUCUCCCCGAGUCCCUCCCUCUAAACCACAGACAGACAACAGAAGUGAGACAGACGACACGCACUACACUCUGUCCGUUAUCUCUCUAACGGCUGUGUGUGUGUGUGUGUGUGUGUGUGAUCAUGAGGACUCUCCACAGGCUGAAGUUGAUGAGUUCUCCCAGUCUGAGUGAUUUGGGUCGAUUAGAGAAAUCAGCGCUGGAUGACAGGAACAACCAGCAGCACCGAGCUGGAGCCAACGCCACCUGGAACAGCAUCCAUAAUGCCGUGAUCGCCGUGUUCCAGCGGAGGGAUCUGGGAGAGAAUGAGCUCUAUGUGCUGAAUGAAGGCGUCAGGCAGCUCCUGAAGACUGAGUUGGGCUCCUUCUUCACAGAAUAUCUGCAGAAUCAGCUGCUGACGAAGGGAAUGGUGAUUCUGAGAGAUAAGAUUCGCUUUUAUGAAGGUCAGAAGCUGCUGGACUCUCUGGCAGAAACGUGGGACUUCUUCUUCUGUGAUGUUCUGUCCAUGCUGCAGGCCAUCUUCUACCCCGUCCAGGGGAAGGAGCCGUCUGUCCGUCAGCUGGCUCUGCUGCACUUCAGGAACAUCAUCACUCUCAACAUAAAGCUGGACGAUGCUCUGACUCGACCGCGCGCUCGUGUGCCGCCCUCCAUCAUUCAGAUGCUGCUCGUCCUGCAGAUCUUUAGGAGAGAACCAAUCCAGCGUUUCAUAUCAGUAACACUGAGCUCAGAGCGGCCUUGA